CUGCCUCUGAUGGUGUUGUGUACGCACCUUGUUCCAUGGGAACCACUGGGCCAUCUUCUGGGCAACUUGGAGGUCUCUGCCCUCUUGCCUUUGAUUGUGGACCCCAGAAGUGAGCUUCCACCACUGAGAUGGUUCUGGAAGUGUGGCAGAGACUCAGGUAGGAAGUUAGUGCCUGACUCUGCGUGUGGCAUUUCUGCAACAGCCCCCAGAGUUACUGUUCUUGAAUUAAGCAGCUGAGCAGUGCCCCUUGCAGGGACAGGUAGCCAGGGCAGGGAAACAGUGGGUGGCAGGGACUGGAAAAAGAGUGUGUGGUGCCUCCUUGGUCCUGGACCCCCCUCUGCUCAGUGUGUGUGCACUUGGGCCCACACACCAAUGUGCACACUUUGGAAUGCCCCAGGGACCCUUUAUGUGGCUGCAUUGUGCUUUUGGGCACUGGGGGCUGUUAAGGUGCUCUGGGUGUGUCUCCACGUGAUUCCCUGGUGACUGAGACUGACUGGCAUGCACUGGGGCAUUUUUACUUGGCUGUCAGGAUGACAGCAAGUUCCAGAAACUCUUUGGGAGAAAUGAGGACUGUAUAUUGGGGACCAUGGAUGCUGGGAGGGGCAGGUGGCCUAGGAGCACACUCACAGGCAGUGAGGGCCUUGCUGCCUCCCUCUCCUCCCACCUCCAACCUCCAGGAGAGAAGAGGGAGACUCCUGGGUCCCAAUUUGUGGCCUUCAUGUGACUUAUACCUGGCCAUCUGUAUCUAGAAUAAUGAUACCUUGGUCUAAAAUGAAACCAAGGGACAGGCAGUGGGCUGGCUGCCCAGUCCUACCCUGGUUGUAGGUGUUACGCUGGCUUUCUCUUGAGUUUUUCAUUUCCUGAUCCUCUGCCACAGCCUCACCCACCCCUGCCUUUCAGAGCCCAGGUGUCUGUUUUCUGCCUCAGAUCCUGGACACUAGCCCCUCUAGAAACCCAGGUGUCCUAGUCACACACCCCCCUCCCCCCGCCAGGGCUGACCAGCCUUCAGUUUUGCCACUCCCUGCCCCUGAGGCCUGUAACCAGAGCCAGGUUCUAGCCGGCUUUUCCGGUUGGAGUUUGGAGGUGGUGCCCCAAGCUCCCCUCAAGGAGGUGGCCUCCCACACCCCGGAAGUCCUGAGCCCUGGGCCAUCCUCUGGUUCAGUGGUGGAGAGAGCUGGGCUGGACACCAGUGUCUCAAGUCCGGAGAGCAGCAGAGGAAGUUUUUCCCAGAUUAGCGUUAGGGGUGGGAGGAGAUGCCCCGGUUCUGAAAGGACACACAGGCUAGCUCAGGGACAGCAGCCCUGUGGAUGGACAGUGCCUCCUGAGCUCUGGGAGGGCAGGCAGGCUCUGACUGGGGCAGAGGUCCCAGGAGCAGAAACGGCAGGAUGAUUCCGGUGGCCGAGUUCAAGCACUUCUCCGAGCAGCAGCCCGCCUUCAAGUUGCUCAAACCCUGGUGGGAUGUGCUGGCCGAAUACCUCACGGUGGCUAUGCUCAUGAUCGGGGUCUUUGGCUGCACCCUUCAGGUGACACAGGACAAGAUCAUUUGUCUACCGAGUCAUGAACCUUGGGAGAACUUAUCUGAGACCCCAUGUCAGCAACUGCUGCUGCAGGGGGUCCCCAAACAGAUGGGGGGUCUCCAUGAAGUGAGUGGCCUCAAAAACAACUUGGACCUGCAGCAGUACAGCUUCAUUAACCAGCUCUGCUAUGAGAAAGCCCUCCACUGGUACCCCAAGUACUUCCCCUACCUGGUUGUCAUUCACACGCUCAUCUUCAUGGUCUGCACCAGCUUCUGGUUCAAGUUCCCUGGCACCAGCUCCAAGAUUGAACACUUCACCUCCAUCCUGGGCAAGUGUUUCGACUCACCAUGGACUACAAGGGCCCUGUCUGAGGUCUCAGGGGAGAACCGCAAAGGCCAUACCACUGGACAAGCAACAAUGACCAUGGCAGCUGAGGCAGGGCCAGGAAAAGCAGGGGAGGGUGAGAAAGAGAAGGUGCUGAAGGAGCCUGAGAAAGUGGUGACUGAGCCACCGGCUGUCACCUUGUUGGACAAGAAGGAGGGCGAGCAGGCCAAAGCCCUCUUUGAGAAGGUCAAGAAGUUCCGCAUACAUGUGGAAGAGGGAGACAUUUUAUACACCAUGUACAUCAGGCAGACAGUGCUCAAAGUCUGCAAGUUCUUUGCCAUCCUGGUCUACAACCUUGUCUACGUGGAGAAAAUAAGCUUUGUAGUAGCCUGCACAGUGGAGACUUCAAGGUUCACAGGCUAUGCCAGCUUCUGCUGCAACCACACCAAGGCCCACCUCUUCUCCAAGCUGGCUUUCUGCUACAUCUCCUUUGUGUGUGUCUAUGGGAUCACCUGCCUCUAUACACUCUAUUGGCUCUUCCACCGGCCCCUCAAGGAAUACUCCUUUCAUUCUGUGCGGGAGGAGACUGGCAUGAAUGAUAUCCCCGAUGUAAAGAAUGACUUUGCCUUCAUGCUGCACCUCAUUGACCAAUACGACCCACUCUACUCCAAGCGCUUCGCCGUCUUCCUCUCUGAGGUCAGUGAGAGCCGACUGAAGCAGCUCAACCUCAACCAUGAAUGGACACCUGAGAAACUUCGGCAGAAGCUGCAGCACAACGCCAAGGGCCGGCUGGAGUUGGCACUCUGCAUGCUCCCAGGACUUCCUGACACCAUCUUUGAGCUCCGAGAGGUGGAGGCACUUCGCCUGGAGGCCAUCUGCGAUAUCACCUUCCCCCCAAGCCUGUCACAGCUGGUACACCUGCAGGAGCUCAGCCUGCUCCACUCGCCUGCCAGGCUGCCCUUCUCCUUGCAGAUCUUUCUGCGGGACCGCCUGAAGGUCAUCCGUAUCAAGUGUGAGGAGCUCCGUGAGGUGCCCCUCUGGGUGUUUGGGCUACGCGGCCUGGAGGAGCUGCACCUUGAGGGGCUCUUUCCCCCAGAGCUGGCUCAGGCAGCCACCCUUGAGAGCCUCCGGGAGCUGAAGCAGCUUAAGGUGCUGUCUCUUCGGAGCAAUGCUGGCAAGGUCCCAGCCAGCGUGACGGAUGUAGCCAGCCACCUGCAGCGGCUUAGUCUGCACAAUGAUGGGUCCCGCCUGUUGGCCCUUAACAGCCUCAAGAAGCUAGUGGUGCUUCGGGAAUUGGAGCUGGUGGCCUGUGGGCUGGAGCGCAUUCCCCAUGCCAUCUUCAGCCUGGGUGCAUUGCAGGAACUUGACCUCAAGGACAACCACCUGCGGUCCAUUGAGGAAAUCCUCAGCUUCCAGCACUGUCGCAAGCUGGUCACACUCAGGCUAUGGCACAACCAGAUCGCGUAUGUCCCUGAACAUGUGCGUAAGCUGAGGGUCCUUGAGCAGCUCUACCUCAGCCACAACAAGCUAGAGGCCCUGCCACCUCAGUUGGGCAUGUGCUCUGGCCUCCGCCUGCUGGAUGUCACCCACAAUGGGCUGCACUCCCUGCCACCUGAGCUGGGUCUCCUCCAGAACCUACAGCACCUGGCUCUCUCCUACAAUGCCCUAGAGGCCCUGCCUGAUGAGCUCUUCUUCUGCUGUAAGCUUCGGACGUUGCUCCUGGGCCACAAUCACCUCAGUCAGCUGUCACCCCAGGUGGGGAACCUCAGGGCCCUCAGCCGCCUGGAGCUCAAGGGCAACAGGUUGGAGGCACUGCCAGAAGAACUGGGCAACUGUAGAGGGCUCAAGAAGGAGGGGCUUCUGGUGGAGGACACCCUUUAUGAGGGCCUGCCAACAGAAGUUCGGGAAAAGAUGGAGGAGGAGUGAAGCCAGGGAGGGGUAGGUUGAGGCAGAGGCUUUCUGGAUGUUUCAGUUCCAAAAUCUCUAUCACUGUCUUCAAGGCAGGUGGGCCUGGGCCAGGGAGGAGGAGCUGACAAGCCAGCCUGUGGGGCCCAGGCAAGAUCCUGAGACUGGUUUAUCUAGUGAGAUGGUAGGCUGUGGAUUUGGGGUGGAACGUCAUGGAAGGAUUAACUCAGUCAUAAGAUUCUGAGACCAAAACCACACCUCUGUCUUUGUCUGGCUUGCCUGCCCCAGCCCUGGGCUAGAACUGCUGCCCUCCCCCUGGACAUUCUAGCUCAAUCAGUGCCACAAAAAGGGGCGGGACACAGCCCAGUAGGAUUUCAAUCCUUUCCCCCACCAAACAGCUUACCUCAGGGGUUCUCUCCCAAGAAAGGGACACAGACAGGAAGGACCAGCACACACUGCCCCUACUUUGAUGUUAAGCCCUUAUGUACGGACAUGUGAAUUCAGAAACAAGGUUCUCUUAUUUGGCUAUGCAUCAAAAUCAACAUUCCCAGAAAACAUCCCAGGCCCCACCCCUGAAAAACUGACUCAGGAGCUUUGGCUGGAGGCCAGGAACUUGCCUGUAAAUAAGCAAUCCAGGUAAUUCUGAUGCACAUGAUCCUAGGCCUGUAUGUUGGAAUGACCUACAGAGGAGAUAUCUGGAUAUCUAGAGCAGGGAUUCUGAACCCUUUUUAGAUGCCUAAACCCUUGAGAAUCUGAUGAAAGCUGGGGGCACCUCCUUCCUCAGGAAAAUGCCUGUGUAUACAUCCAUGCACUAUUCUGAAAACAAUUUCAGGCAGUCAACAACCCCCCCCCCCCAAUCCCUAAGGGCUAUUCAUGGAUAUCCUAAGGGUUGUGGACCCCAGGUUAAGAACACUUGCUGUAGAGGAUACAUUUGUUAAAAAAUAAACAAUACUAAUUAUCAGAACUAUCA